UAUUAAACAUGCGUGUGACCAGCUCGGUCCAUUCAUCCCCCACACAUCUUGCGACUCAUUUUGGCCCUUGUGGGGGGGUGGGAGAGAGAAUGAAUCCGCCGUGUGGGAGAUGCUCCAAACCGGUUUACCCCACAGAGAAAAUCAACUGCCUCGAUAAGUACUGGCACAAAGGUUGUUUCAGCUGUGAGGUGUGCAAGAUGGCGCUGAGCAUGAACAACUACAAAGGCUUCGACAAGCGGCCUUACUGCAGCAUGCACUACCCCAAAACAUCCUUCACCAUUGUGGCCGACACCCCCGAGAACCUGCGCCUCAAGCAGCAGAGCAUGCUCAACAGCCAGGCCCUCUACAAGGAGGAGUUUGAGAAGAACAAGGGCAAAGGUUUCAGCGUGGUGGUGGACACGCCGGAGAUGCAGAGGCUGAAGAAGACGCAAGAGCAAAUCAGUGAUAUCAAGUACCACGAAGACUUCGAGCGCAGCAAAGUACGAAAUGACGCGCCGCCUCCAGAAAAUAGGCAAGAGGAACCGACGAAUCAGGGGAGGAACAGCAUUGACGCACAGAUGCGCUCUAGUCUUGUGGCGCCGUCUGGCGGAGAGAAGCGCUACCAGGCCUUGUACAGCUACACGGCAGCGGAGGCGGACGAGGUCUCCCUGCAGGAGGGCGACCUCAUCGGGGACGUGGAGUUCAUCGAUGCAGGAUGGCUGUUUGGGAGCAACCAGCGCACUGGCCAGCGGGGAAUGUUGCCCGCCAACUAUGUGCGGCCUGUGUGAUGACAAAGAUUUUACAGCUUUGUUUUUACCCGGAACAGGACGUUUGAGCGUCACCGUCACAGCGCUUCUCCCAAAUUUCUAUGACGAGAAAAAACAGCAUCAAAAUUUGCUUUGACAUAUCAAAAAUGUGACUAUCAAAUUCCAAGAACGACAGAGACUAAUGUAUAACAAAAUUAAUAACUUUAUUCCAAAAUACUCCUCAAAAAUGUAGAUAAAAAUUCUAUGAAUAACUUUUACAUUAAAACAAGACCUUUACUUACAAA